AUGAAUUCAAACAGUUUAGAAGCUGAGUAUAUGGAUAUUACAAACAAGAAUGCGUGGCCAAUCGUCUACCAGAAAAUUGGCCGUGAAUGUCAGUCCUAUCCAUACACAUGCUUAGAGGCAAAAAAACCACAAAAUAAGCAAUUCAACCGCUACCGGGAUGUUAACCCCUAUGAUCACAGCAGAGUAAUUCUGAAGCGUUGUGAGAGAGAUUAUAUUAAUGCUAAUCUUGUGAAGAUGGAUCGGGCCAACCGAAAAUACAUCCUAACGCAAGGUCCGCUAGGAUCUACUGUAGGCCAUUUCUGGCUUAUGGUGUGGGAGCAGAACAGCCGCGCUAUCCUAAUGCUAAACAAGAUUAUAGAGAAAAAUGAGAUUAAGUGCCACUGGUACUGGCCCCACGGCAUCGGUGAUCAGCACAAGAUGGUCCUUAAUGACGUCAAGCUCACCGUGGAACAAAUAAGUGAGGAAGACUGCAGUUAUUACUCCACUAGGGUGUUCAGAAUCUUCGAUAUGGAGAGUUCUGAAAGCCGCGAAGUGGUACAAUUUCACUACACGACAUGGCCGGAUUUUGGAGUGCCUAGUUCCCCAGUGGCAUUCCUCGAGUUUUUAAAGAAAGUUCGUUCAUCGGGAGCUUUGGAGGCAGACGUGGGCCCGGCGAUCGUGCACUGCAGCGCCGGCAUUGGCCGCUCAGGAACGUUCUGCUUGGUCGACUCAUGUCUCGUUAUUAUAGAAAAGGAGGGCUUCGGAAUUGUGAACAUCCAGCAGAUUCUUCUGGAAAUGCGUAAAGACCGAAUGGGUCUCAUACAAACGCCAGAUCAACUUCGGUUCUCGUACCAGGCGAUUAUAGAAGGCGCUAAAAGAUUCAAUCCUGAAUGGAAAGAAGAACAAAAGAUGGAGGAGAGUAUAUACUCAGCUGUGGCAGAAGAUGUGGAAGAGGAAGCCCCUCCCCUGCCGCCACCACGUGCCGAGAGCCUCACUAAAGCGCCCGCUCGACCGCUGCCAGCGAUACCAACGAGCGCUUCUCUCGGUAACUUAAACUUUUCGGCCACGCAAGAGUCAUCAAGCUCCGAUGAAGGUCCACCCACACCUCCUGCACGAGAUUGCCCCACCUCGGCUUCAUCCGCUGAUGACGAAGAUGAUGAACCGAUUACUUCGCCGGUGGAGAGGUAA